AUGGCGGCGUCGAUGGCAGCUGCAGCUCGGCCACUGCGGCGGGCCUUUCGAAGGUCGCCUCUGUGGAGGGGCCUCAGCCGUCGGCCGUUCUCAUCCGAGCCCCCUCCAGCCUCGGCCACGGCCGUUCGGGACGCCUUCCUGAGCUUCUUUCGGGACCGCCACGGCCACCGACUGGUGCCGUCCGCCUCCGUGCGGCCCCGCGGCGACCCCAGUUUGCUUUUCGUCAAUGCGGGCAUGAACCAGUUCAAGCCAAUCUUCCUGGGCACCGUGGAUCCACGAAGCGAAAUGGCAGGCUUCCGACGUGUGGCCAACAGCCAGAAAUGUGUGAGGGCUGGAGGACGCCACAACGACCUGGAGGAUGUGGGCCGAGACCUUUCCCAUCACACCUUCUUUGAGAUGCUUGGCAAUUGGGCUUUUGGGGGUGAAUAUUUUAAGGAGGAGGCUUGCCGCAUGGCCUGGGAACUGCUGACUCAGGUCUACGGGAUCCCUGAAGACAGGCUCUGGGUCUCCUACUUUGGUGGUGACCCCAAGGCAGGGCUGGACCCAGACCUGGAGAGCAGGGACAUCUGGCUCAGCUUAGGGGUGUGUGCCAGUCAUGUGCUUUCCUUUGGACCACAAGAGAACUUCUGGGAAAUGGGGAACACUGGCCCCUGUGGGCCCUGCACGGAGAUCCACUAUGACCUGGCUGGGAGAGGGGGAGCCCCCCAGCUGGUGGAGCUGUGGAAUCUGGUCUUCAUUCAACACAACAGAGAGGCAGAUGGAAACCUGCAGCCCCUGCCCCAGCGGCACGUGGACACGGGAAUGGGCCUGGAAAGGCUGGUGGCCGUGCUGCAAGGCACGCGCUCCACUUACGACACUGAUCUCUUCUCCCCGCUGCUUGACGCCAUUCAGCAGGGUUGCGGGGUGCCCCCUUACUUGGGUCGGGUAGGAGCAGCAGACGAGGGGCGCACAGACAUGGCAUACCGCGUGGUGGCUGAUCACAUCCGCACACUCAGCGUCUGCAUCGCCGACGGUGUCUGCCCCGGAAUGUCGGGUGCCCCGUUGGUGCUUCGUCGGAUCCUUCGUCGAGCUGUGCGGUUCUCUACAGAGGUGUUGCGGGCACCACCUGGCUUCCUAGGCAGCCUGGUGCCUGUAGUGGUGGAGACCCUGGGAGAUGCUUAUCCAGAACUGCGGAAGCACUCAGCCCAGAUAGUCAACCUGGUGUCAGAGGACGAGGCAGCCUUCCUGGCCUCCCUGCAGCGGGGUCGGCACAUCAUCGAUCAGACCCUGAGGCGCCUGGGGCCUUCUGAUUUGUUCCCUGCUGAAGUGGCCUGGUCCUUAUCGCUGUCUGGGAACCUGGGGCUCCCCCUGGACCUGGUAGAGCUGAUGCUGGAGGAGAAGGGGGUGCGGCUGGACUCUGCUGGGCUGGCGCGGCUGGCCCAGGAGGAGGCCCAGCACCGGUCACGGCAGGCCGAGCCAGCUCAGGAGCGGGGACUGCAGCUGAAUGUCCACGCACUGGGGGAGCUGCAGCGCCGAGGGGUGCCCCCAACUGACGACAGUCCCAAGUACAACUACUCUCUUCGACCCAGCGGGGGUUAUGAGUUUGGCACCUGCGAGGCGCAGGUGCUCCAGCUAUAUACAGAGGACGGGACAGCUGUGGCCUCUGUGGGGAAAGGCCAGCGUUGUGGCCUUCUCUUGGACAAAACCAACUUCUACGCUGAACAGGGGGGUCAGGCUUCAGACCGAGGCUACCUGGUGCGGGUGGGGCAGGAGUGGCAGCGGCGGGAGCUGCAGGCCACGCUGAAGGUGCUGCAGCGACGUGCCAACACUGCCAUCCGGAAGCUAGAAACGGGGCAGGCUGCACAGAAAACCCAGGAGCUGCUGCGGCGGCAUUCAGAGGGGCCCCUGAUUGUGGACACAGUCUCCACUGAGUCCCUCUCCGUGCUGGUGAAGGUGGUACGGCAGCUGUGUGAGCGGGCGCCUCGCACGUCUGUGCUACUGCUCAGCCCCCAGCCGCUGGGGCACGUGUUGUGUGCCUGUCAGGUGGCCCAGGGUACCACACCAGCCUUCACAGCAGAGGCCUGGGCACUGGCAGUAUGCAGCCACAUGGGGGGCAAGGCCUGGGGCUCUCAAGUGGUGGCUCAGGGCACCGGAACGACGGCUGACCUGGAAGCUGCCCUCAGGACAGCCCGAGCCUACGCCCUCAACCAGCUCUGA